AUGAAUCUUGCGCGGCAUUCGAUCAGCUCUACCGCCCCAGUCCUCAUCUUCGACGCCCGCUUCGACCCAGAGAGCCGCAUCUUCACGACCUCCACCCCCGCCGGCUUCGCCAUCUACCGUACAUGGCCACUGCAGCUCAUUCGGAAACGCGAAAUCACAGGGGGCACGCUCUCCAUCGUCGUGCCCCUACACACGUCGUCGCUCUUGUUCCUCGUUGGUGGCGGUAGGAGCCCACGCUACCCGCCGAACAAGGUCGUCCUGUGGGACGAUGCGCUCCAGCAGGAAGUCGCCGAGCUAGAGUUCAGGGAGAGGGUCAGGAACAUUGCGUGCCGCAGAGGCUGGCUCGCGGUUGCACUCCGCAGACGGGUCGUGGUGUUUCAGGUGGGGGAGAAGGUCAAGCGGCACGGCGAGUGGGAUACUUGUGACAACCCGCGUGGGCUGAUUGCUCUCGCAAGUGCCGCACAUUCCACACUCUUAGCGAUCCCUGGCCGGCAGAUGGGACAUAUUCAACUCAUCCACCUUCCCCCCUGCCCACCCCCACAACCCAUCGGCCCUCCAUCAGCCACACCACCAUCACGCCCCCCACCUGCUCCGACAAAGCACCCAGUACCGAUCAUUGUCGCGCACACCUCCGCGCUGAAUACUGUCUCGGUGCCACCUUCCGGCCGUUUGCUCGCCACCACCUCGUCGCGCGGAACUCUGAUUCGAAUAUGGGACACCAACACAGGGAAGCUCGUGCGCGAGCUUAGGAGAGGAUCCGACAAGGCGGAAAUUUACGGGGUCGCGUUCCGUCCUGACGAGCGUGAAGUGUGCGUCUGGAGCGAUAAGGGGACGGUGCACAUAUUCGCCCUGACAGCAGGAUCGGGCGCUGCCAAUCGACAGUCCACGUUCUCUCCUUUGACGCCGUUCCUCCCGCUUCCCAAGUACUUCGACUCCGAAUGGUCGUACGCGCAGUACCGGAUCCCAUCGCAAGCCGCCCACAUCUCGAUAUCCGCACAGCCGGCAAAGUCGCCUACUGCGGACGUUGUCGACGAGGAGAAGUGCGUGGUGACAUGGAUCCAGGUCUCCUCAGACCAAGACGAGCCCAGGCGCAUGCCCCCAGGCGCCGCCCCGCUCGAAUACCAGCUAGUGGCCUUGACGUACACCGGUGGCUGGUAUCGAUUAGCUCUGCCGAGCUCGAGCUCCUCUUCCUCAGCGACGCCCGCUUCGUCUGCCUCCCCGCAACCGCAUGUCGCCUCACCGGCACCCUCGCUGCGAGACCCGGUGUCAGCCUCGCCCCCAAGCGCCAGAACGAUAUCGAUGGCCCGCCCACGAUCGUCGAGCGGAUCUUCGUUCGCGACCAGCCGCCAGGACAAGGGCAAGGAGCGAGAGCGAGAGGAGAAGCCUGGCCGGGAGUGCGUCCUGCGCGAGUACCGGCGGUUCGGGCGCUGGGACGGGUGGGGCUGA